GACAUCGCGUGACUCACAUCUUCAGCGAUUUGGCAUAAAAAGUGUGUUUUCCCGUCAAAUGUGAACAUUAUAUCAUUUGUAGUUGAACCGGACAGCAGUUAAGAUGAGCAACAACAAUACUGAAGCUAACAACAAUGCUGUGGUACCGUUACAAAGUGUUGCACGCAGCAUUCGCGAGGUGCAACAAUCGUUUGCCGAGUCGCUAGGAUUUGGUAAUGAGAUCAUAUGGGAUUUAUUAUCGGAUGAACAAGCCCGCAUAUUGAAUACAAAAAUCGAGACACUUAUACCAAAUCCAUGCGCACCAACCGAUUUGCCGGAUGAUGAUGAGAAGAAAAGGCAAGCGGCUAGGGAAAAGUGGGAAAAACAAUGUGGUGUAUUUGAAAGAAUGCGCGAAACGUUAUUCAAUAGCGUUUGGGAGCAACGUAAAUACACCAAUCGUCAGUCGCUAACAUCGAUCUUCUAUGUGCUGGUUGCGACCAACGAAACGAAUCACAAUACGGCGGAGAAUUCCCAGUCGUGGUCCUGUCAUCCAGUUUUCCGUGCACGUCGUUGCAUUUCCGAUAGCAAAGGAAGCAGCAACAACAGCUCCGAUUGUUGCAUGAUUUAUGUGGAUGAGAAUGGUCGAGUUUAUCAGAACUGGGACUCCUAUGUGACGGAGAAUGAGCUACCCGAAGGUAUAAUGGUGACACCCCGUCGAGGCGUUUAUAAUCUAACAGCUAGGGGCGAUGUCCUGUUGGAAUCGUGGCAAACUCCGGCGGGUUCGCCCAGGAAGAAAGUGCUCGGCGCACUGGACACGACCUCGGCAGUGGGUGGAUUUGCAGCAGCUGGUCUGGGCAUUGCCGGAAUAGCUGGCUUCACAAUCGCUGCACCUGUGAUGCUUGUGGCAGGUGCUGUGGGUCUCGCCUCUGCCGGCUAUGCAACGGCACGUUCCGGCGCUCAGUUGGUAGAUCGCAGUGCCCACGAGCAAUCGAUCAAUGUCACCGAUCGCACGGCUCGUAGCCAUUGGCUCGGCGUUAUUGCCGGAGCUGUGGGUCUUGGUGCAGCAGGUGCCACCAGCGCAUUGACGGCGGCCACAAACGCUGGCCGGGAAGUUAGUGCCAUCACCCAACUGACCGUCAAUAGCAUGAACAUCUCCUGCAUCAUGAUGUCUGGCACUGGCGUUGUCAACAGCGUCAUCGAUUUGUUUCUGAAAUACAACGAUGGAGACGACAUAUCCACAAUGGAUGUUCUACAAUUGUCUGCCUCGCUCUUUCUGUUCACACACAGUGUUUCCAAUUUCAAGCUGGCCUCGACAAUCAUCAAUGAUACUUCCAACAGUCGCAUUGGCAACUAUCGUGAUACUCUAAGCAAUCGUCAGCGACGCAUCUUCGAUAAGAUGGUCAAGGAGACAACACGCGUUAAAGGCGUUAGACAGGCUAACAUGGACAUAAUACGCAAUGUGAACGAGAUGCCCUCUCGUCAGGCAUUCAACGAUCUCUAUAAGAUCAAUAAGAACCUGAAUAAGGAAGGUGUACGUCCCAUGUUUGCAUCCAAUGGACAGGGUGUUACGUUGAAUGACCAGGUUAUCGUUAAUACCGCUGAGCUGCGUGCCAACGUACAGCACAAUGUCGGACCCGAUAUUCUGGGCCAGGUGAAAAAUCCCAUUCCAGAGGCAUUUAAUGCUCCAGGCAAUGCGGCUCGUGUCAAGAAUCCUGUGGGAGGAGGCAUUACAGGUCGACUGCUCACAGGAUCGACUGGAUUCACGGAGAAAACCACAUUGGAUACGCCGGAGCUUACCAACAAUUAUGCUGAAGGUGUACGUGCAUUGAGUCUAAGUACUCUUGUAAUCAAUGGCGUCGGAUUAGCACUCUCCAAGUACGGAGAAUCCCUUUUCGAGCGUAUUAUAAAUGCCGAGAGUUUCGAGACGGUGCUGCUCUCAUUGGCGGACAACUUAAAGGAAGAUAUGAUGAAUUACAUACUCAAUUUGACGAACCUUUUUAUGGCCAUGUUUUGGGAACAACUAAAUACGGUGCUAAAAAUGUACAUAGCCUCUGAAUCGGUGCUAUACAGAAUAGGUAUUCAUAUAUUGGAUAACUAUCGUGGGUUAACUGCUGAACAGAUCGAAAAAUAUACCCAAAACAUCCUGAACGCUGUCGAAGAUUAUUUCAUGUCACUAAAUCCCAAUAUAUUCCCGGAUCUGCUCACAGUGUGCAAGAUCUGUAAUGGUUAUUAUAGCAUCUGCGAGUUGUAAACAAUGGGCACAAAUCAUGACAAAUAAUAAACACAAAAUAAGUUUUUAAAUAAAUAUUAAAAUGAUCA